UUUUAGGUAAUCCGCCUGCGCGUCGGUUCCAACCUGCGCUGCUACUUUCCUGUUACUAUACCGUGCAUAUUUUGUUGCAUCUCCUCAUACCGCACCUCCCGCCGCGUAGCCUGCCUCCCUCUUUGCCACGGCGACGUUUUUUGCCAGCAAGCAACACCCUACUGAUCCAUCUCUCACCCUCGUCCCGCGUACAUCAUCCAUUAGUCGACAUCAACACGCUCUAGCUCCAUCCCGCAUUAAUCACAGCAUGGGACGAGCGGCCAUUAAUGGUUCCACUGCAUCAUUCUCUUGCGAUGUUGUGUCAUCUCCUCCAUUCCUAGUAUAUCCCCCACCUUCGCAUCUCCCUGUCGCUCCUCCGAUGGAAGCCGGCUCAGCAGCAGCGGCUGCUGCAGCAGCAGCAGCAGCAAGAGCGAGCGAGACGGCGGGAGCUACUGGGCUCCCAGGGACAGCGCAUGCGGCGGUGUUGGCGGCGAGCCGUGUGACGAAAUCCCGCGCUCGCAAGUUGCGAAUGAUCGCGCACGCGACGAAGAACUCGCAAAAAACGUCGCACGGGGUGGCGGGCGACGGGGAAGACGACGACGACGUGGAAAACCCCUUCGCGGACAUGCUUAGGCGCAGCGCGAGCGCCCGAGGCAGCAGCGCGAGCAUACAGGAGCACGACAGCAUACGCGGAAGCUACAGCGCGCGCGAGCCGGGAACUGCAGCUUGUAGCAGUAGCAGCUGCGGGAGCCGCACGCAGCUAGUGGAGGUUGAUACGCCGGCAGUUUCGGCGGCAGUUGACGCGGCGGCGGUUUCGGCGGCGGUUCCGGCGGUAGAUACGACGGCAGAUACGCCGGCUGACGUGGCAGGUGGUCUCGCGGUUUCAAACGGUGUCAGCAUAACAACAACAACAACAACAACAACAACAACAGCAACAGCAUCAUCAGCGAGCAAUGUAUUCGAGAAAAUGCAAGUGCAGCAGCCGCUGUGUAGUGUCGAGACCCGUAGCAACGAGGACGGAAACGGGAGUUUGGCGGUGGACGAAUCUAGUGAGCGUGACGGGAACGGCCGUCGCCACAAUGCGGAACGGGCGCAGGCGGACGCCUCCGCGGCGGCGGCCGGCGCAGUUAGCGGAGCAGUUGCGGGCGCAGUUGGGGGAGCAGUUGGGGGAGCAGUUGGGGGAGCAGUCGGGGGAGCCGUCGGGGGAGCAGCUGUGCGCGCAGUUGAGGGAGCAGUAUCCACCGAGAAAGCAGACGGUGAGUCGUCUGGUGCGUCGACGCCACGUAGGCACGGCCGCAGCAGCCGGAUUGUACUCAGCGUUGGCGCGUCGCAGCGUCGCGCGCUGCUCCGCUGUCGCGCGGCGGAGAGGCGACGGGCCGGCGACCUGGGCGACGGCGGCUUCGCAGGAGGAGGAGUCGGAGGAGGAGUAGGAGGAGUAGGAAGCGACAUUUUGGAGCGAAGCCAGACGAUGGACAACUCGCGGCUGCGGUCGCGCGGCGACCGCUUCGACUCGCUGGAUUCUUUCGCCGGCGACGUGUAUGCCGCGAGUGUGGGGAUCCUAGAGGAAGAUAUAUGCGAUACGUUCGAGGAUCUUAGGUCGGAAGACGGCGAAGGAGGGGGCGGCGGAGGCGGAGGCGGGGGCGGGGGCGGCUCGGGAAGGUGGCUUCCGCCGUUUUUCAAGACCGCGGAGAAGCCGCCGGAGCAGCGGGAGCAGCGGCGGGGACGGCGGAGCUUUAGUUGGAAGGAGAAGGCUGAUGGGAGGGAGGCCGCGGCGAUGGGUUAUUCGCGAAGCAGCAGCUUCGACGAGCAGAGCGUGGGCGACUCGGACGGGCAGAGCAUAGACGACGGCGACGUUAGUAUGGACGGUGAAAGCGAGUCGCUCGGCGGCGCGGAGAGGAGAGGCCGCGUGCGCUUUAGGCGGAUCACCAACAGCAGGAGCUUGAAGGGCUCUGCCAGCCGCGACGCGGAUUAUAACGGAACGGACUGUAAUGGCGACGUCAGCGGCGGUGGCGGAAGCGGCGGCGGAAGCGGCGGCGCUGGAGGCGCAGCAGCCACUAGCCCGUCAGACCCGCAGUACGCGCAUUUCACAGCGGCUCUUCCGCCGCUAUGCGCGUCUCCGUUAAGGACGUAUAGCUCCCGGCGGCGCACUAUGGAGCUCGCGCUAAUCUCCCCCACUGCCGUCGCCAACAGGCGCAACAACUCCGGCUCCUCCCCCUCCGCUUCCCCCUACCACGCGCGUUCGGGUCUUUCCCCUUCCUCCGCGCAGGCCUGUUCCGCGGGAGCUACUUUCGGUGGCGGUACUGCGCCAGGGGUGAAUCCUUCCGCCAGCAACGCUUGUGCUGCGCCCUCCGCACCUGCCGCCGCGUCCGCCACUAUUCGGCAAUGGACGGGGCCUCGAGCCGCGAGCCCGGACGUGCCGCCACCUGGCGGCGUGGUAGUGGUCCGGGAGAGGGUUCUAACUCGGUCGCUGACUCUCGGGUGCCACCCCAACGGAAACGCAAACCAGCAGGGGCAGCAGCAGCAGAGGGAGGUGCGCGGCGGCGGCUACGGGGGGGGGAGUUUCAAGGAUCGCGUGGGAGGGGGCUCGCACGGAGGGGAGAUGAUGGGCGGCGUGGGGUGGGCGCGAGAGGGCAGGCACGGGCACAGCAGCAGCCAGGGCGCGACCUUGGGGGAGUCUUUGGGGAAUGAGAACGUGCUGGUGGAUCCUCAGUGUGGCAUGUGCGUUGCUGGUGGUGCUGGUGGUGCUGGCGAUGGUAGCGACGCUGCGGAGGGCGCAGAGGUAGUGGGCAGAGGGAGCAGAGCAGCAGCAGCAGCAGCAGCAGGUGUUGCCGCCGGAUGGCCCAGUGCAGGAGGGGGAGGCAAUCUGAUUGCCGCGGGGGCACUCCUGCCAGGGAGAGGAGACGCAGCAGCAGCAGCAGCAACAGUAGCAAUAGCGACAGCAGCAGCGGAAACAAUGGCAGCAGCUGGCGGAGGCGUCGGCGGCAGCAGGGGGGGUUCGCCGCAGGGGUCGGCAUCAGCAGCGGCAGCGGCAGCGGCAGCGGCAGCGGCAGCAGUGCCUGUAGCAGGCGGUGCUCCCAAGGUGAUGGUGUCGAUUCUGCCGAGUUUCGCCCAGUACCGCGCCAUGGUGGCUCAGGCAGAGCAGCAGGAGAUGGCGCUACUGCUGGGAAACAAUUCAGGCAAGCUAGGCCGCAGGAGGCGGGGGGGGCGGGUGCAGGCUGCGUGCGAUGUGGAUGGGGAGGGGAGUGAGACAGAGACGGUUGGGAAAGUGGGUAGUGAGGGGAGUGUUGUGGAGGAGAGGGCCGGGGAUGUGAGGGAAGGGGAGGCCGUGCAGGGGAAUGGGGGAUGCGAGGGAGGGGAUGCGUGCAAGGGGCAGGUGCGGCAGGCAGGGCAGGUGGGGCAGGGGGUAGUUGAUGGGGCAGUAGGGCAGUCGGCAGAUUCGCUCUUUUCAAGUGGAGCUUCGUCUGCUUUUUACAGCUUCCCCCUCUCUGAUGGCCACGAGUCUAUAGGUGCUGCUGAUGCUAGUGCUGGUAGCAACUCUGCAAGCAGUGGAGGAGGGCUAAGGGCUCAGGAGGAGGAAGAGGGAGAGGAGGGAGAGGAGGGAGAGGAGGGGCGUUUCUCUUCAACGGUGCAUGGAGCUGGAGGUGUGCAGCACUGGGAUGACACUGUUCUUGGUAUUCCCCCUAUGUUCUCCGUCCGUGCCAAAACCUAGACACCAAGCUUGCGCUGCUCACACGACACGAGCGUGUGUGCAUGCGUGAUUGUGUGUGGGUGCCUCAUUCUUUCAUGGGGCACUACCUCGACGAUUUGAGUUUACUUCUGCCGUUACAGGUGUUUCAUCCCUGAUUCUGUGGGUAUACUAGUAGUGGUGGGUAGUGUCAAACAGAUUUGUAUAUGUUACAAUAGGCUAGAUAGGUGCAUGCUCUUAGAGCAUACAACACUUGCACAAGAUCAACCUGCAUGUCACAUUCUAGUAAACUUAACAACUCUAA